AUGUACCAAGUGUAUUUGCCAUCGUUCAUGGACAGCGAUGGAGAUGGUUAUGGUGACUUCAAAGGUCUAGCAUCAAAACUUGACCAUUUCGUCGAACUCGGUAUAGAGACCAUAUUAAUAACACCUCAUUACCCUAGUCCAAAUAUGCGAUUUGCUGGCUACGACAUAAAAGAUUAUUUCGGUGUGAAUCAACUAUUAGGAUCAAUGCAAGAUUUCGACGAACUCAUCAAAGAAAUGAAUAAAAGAGGCUUGAAGUUGAUCAUAGACAUAGUGAUGAACCACAGCGGUAAUAAACAUCCUUGGUUUAUAAAAUCAGUGCACCGAGAAGAUCCUUACACUGAUUAUUACAUUUGGCAAAACGCCAAAGGUUAUGACAACAGGGGAAAUCCUAUACCACCGAACAACUGGAAAAUAUUCAAGUUUUGGUCCGACAAGGGGGUCGCUGGUUUUAGACUCGAUGCUGUUGAGUAUUAUUGUAGAAGAUGA